GAAUAACCGUCCAUUUUAAAGUUUAACUUGGUGUUUUAAUUAGUUUAAGUGGUAUUUUAUAAAAUGUCGAAAGAGGACGAUGUGCAUACCAUCCCGGACGUUAUAUUCGAUUCACAUUCUAGGACGCAAUACAAAAAAGGACGGUUUUUUGGGAAGGGUGGUUUUGCAAAAUGCUACGAAAUAACUAACACCCUAAACAGUCAAGCUUAUGCAGGAAAAAUAGUUUCAAAGAAAUUCAUGGCAAAGCAGAAUCAGCGAGAAAAAAUGACCCAGGAAAUACAAAUUCAUCAGUCUUUACGUCACAAGAAUGUUGUUGGCUUUUAUAGCUUUUUUGAGGAUAAUUUGAAUAUUUACAUCGUGUUGGAAUUGUGCAGGAAGAGGUCUAUGAUGGAACUUCACAAACGAAGAAAAGCACUUACAGAACCAGAAACGAGAUACUACAUGAAACAGAUUUUGCAAGGGGUUCACUAUUUGCAUCAAAAUAGAAUUAUUCAUCGAGACUUGAAACUAGGUAAUUUAUUUUUAAAUGAUGAUCUUGUAGUUAAAAUAGGUGAUUUCGGUUUGGCCGCGAAGAUUGAAUACGAUGGUGAACGAAAAAAAACUCUGUGUGGUACCCCUAAUUACAUUGCCCCCGAAAUUUUAAACAAAAAGGGGCACUCAUUCGAAGUGGACAUUUGGUCGAUGGGUUGUAUCAUGUACACCUUGCUGAUCGGAAGGCCGCCUUUCGAAACUAAUAGUUUGAAGGAAACUUAUUCGAGAAUAAAGAAAUGUGAUUAUAGAAUUUCUUCAAAUAUAUCAAAUAGUGCAAAACAUAUGAUCAUGCUGAUGCUCCAGCCUGACCCUAAGUCACGCCCCAAGACUGACCAACUCCUUAGCACUGAGUUCAUCAUUAACGGAUACUGCCCAGCAAAUCUACCCGUGAGCUGCCUCACAAUGGCUCCGAGGUAUGACAAGCUAGAAAUGUCGUCGCGCAAACCCUUGAUUGAACUGAACCAAGAAUCGAUGGUGAUCUCUCCAUACAAGGGCAAGCACGACUCGAUUGCUGCGGGUCUGGCUGGAAUUAUGCCGCCAUCUGCCGUUUGCCAGUUUGAUGCCAAAGAAAACUUUAUGACCCUCAGGAACAUGCUCUAUAGGGUCCUAAAAUCCAAACCGGCCAGAAACCAAAAAUUCCUCGACGAGAUGACUGAUCCCGCCGCCCAACCGAUGAUUUGGGUGUCCAAGUGGGUGGACUACUCCGACAAAUACGGUUUCGGAUACCAACUGUCAGACGAGGGGGUUGGUGUGAUGUUCAACGAUACCACCAAACUCAUUAUGCUUCCGAACGGAAUCAAUGUGCAUUAUGUGGAUAAGAAUGGCGAGGAGUCUUACAUGACCCUAGAUCAUUAUCCCAAGCUGUACGACAAGAAAAUGAAGCUUCUGUCGUACUUCAGCAGGUACAUGCGAGAGCAUCUGAUCAAGACCGGCGCUUCUGUAGUUAAGGAAGUGGACUCGAUGUCGCGAACUCCCCACUUGCAUCAGUGGUGCCGGUCUACCUCGGGGGUUCUCAUGCAACUGAAUAACGGAACAGUACAGAUGAACUUCGGGGAUCACACGAAAAUAAUAAUGUGCCCGUUGAUGGCUGCGAUCACGUACAUAGACGAGGACAAAUCAUUCCGUACCUUCAGGUUCUCCUCGGUUGAGAAAAAUGGCUGCAGCAUGGGUUUGUACGAAAAAAUGCGUUACGCAUUUGAUAAAAUAUCAGUAUUGCUGGAUCCAGAGAGCGGCUUCAAUAAGUGAUAAUAAAGUUAUAUCUUUAGAGUUCUAACAGACGGAUUAGAUGCAUCGUCUGAAAAUCGUGUUUGUGAUUUUCAGACCAUUGCACGUAAUAUUUAUUGUUCAUUAUAUUAGAAAAUUUUCUCCUUUUUUUACAUUAUAACUUUCAUUUGUGCAUAUUUUUUAAAUUUAAUAGUUUAUAACGCCAAGUUGAAAUAAUUGUUUUAAAAUACGUGGUGUCCAAGAUAUACUGUUUAGUUAGCAUUAGAGAAUGUUUUUUUAUUGUAUAAU